AUGUGUGAGCCUCUCAAAGAUUCAAUUGGAAAUGAUCUUUCUCAAUUUGUGGGGCCUCUUAUCUUGAAUCAACUUCUACAGCCCUUCAUGUCUCAAAGCCAACUUUCUUGCUCUGCCAAGUUUUUAACAUGUUUAAUUCAUGAUAUGCCGAGUUCAAAGAUGUCAUUUCAGGUGAGAAAACUAGAAGGAAAAGAGGACUGCAGUAAGGUAACACCGGAAGAAGUACUAGAAAAAGCUCUGCUUAUGGUUCAAAAUUCUCAAAAGAAUUACCUUUACAAGUGUGAUCAGUUGAAGUCCAUUCAUCAAGAUUUAACUGCAAAGAAUUCAAAAUCAACUAACAGUAAAGGUUUGUUUCAAAACCUCUCUUUCUUUCCCUUAUGUAAACAUCUACUUAUAUUUGACUCCUACAUGUUAACAUGCCAAUCUCAGCUGCAAUCCCUUUAUGCUGAAGGAAUUGAGGGAUGCCACAUGGAGUUUGUUGCAUACAACUUACUAUGUGUUAUCCUGCACUCUAGUAACAACAGAGAUCUUGUAUCAUCUAUGUCGAGAUUAUCAAGUGAAUCUAAAAGAGAUAAUGCAGUAAGGCACGCUCUUGCAGUUCGGGCAGCUGUCACCUCUGGAAACUAUGUUAUGUUCUUCAGGCUCUUCAAAACAGCACCAAAUUUGAACACUUGCCUGAUGGGUGAGUUUUGA